AUGUCAAAGGGCCUCACCAUUGCCCGCUCAUUCUAUCGCUCAGGCCAUAAAGUCAUCGGUGCAGAUUUCGAACCUUACUAUAUCCCCGUCUGUGGUCGCUUCUCCACAUCACUCUGCCGGUUCUACAGAGUUAGAAAACCAAAUCCGGGUGCAGGAGGAGCGCAGAAGUAUGUACAGGAUUUGGUGGAUAUUGUGAAAAAAGAGGGCGUGGAGUUGUGGGUUAGCUGCUCCGGCGUCGCGGCCCCGAUUGAAGAUGGGGAGGCGAAGGAGGUACUUGAAAAACUUACCAACUGUAAAGCUGUACAAUUUUCUGUUGAUAUCACCUCUAAACUUCAUGAGAAGGAUUCGUUCAUCGAAAACACCAAAAAACUUGGGCUGAAUGUACCGGAGACAUAUCCGAUUCGAUCUGAAAGGGAUGCAGUUUCAUUUCUCUAUCCGGGCGUUGAAAGGGAGGAUGGGAAGAGGUAUAUUAUGAAGUUCACCGGGACGGAUGACUCGAUAAGGGCGGAUAUGACGCUGUGUCCACUUUCUACGGAAGCGAAAACGAGGAGACAUAUCGCGGUACUCAAACCGUCACCAUCGAGGCCUUUCGUAUUGCAGCAAUUCAUCUCUGGGCCAGAAUUUUGUACCCAUAGUGUUGCGAUUCGAGGACGUAUCAAGUCGUUCACUGCUUGCUCUUCGUCUGAGCUGCUUAUGCAUUAUCGUGCAAUGGACCCUAGAUCAUCUCUUUUCAAGGCAUUCUUGAAGUAUACGGAGACAUACGCUGUGAAAAUGGGAGAGGAAUUCACAGGUCAUUUCAGUAUUGACUUUUUGGUUUAUGAUAAUGUCGGGGAUGGGACGGGGAGGAGCGUGGAGGAGUUGAUGCGAAGCAUAUUCCCUAUUGAGUGUAACCCACGGGCACACACUGCUGCAGUCUUGUUCGCAGAGAAGAGUGAGGAAGUCGCGGAGGCGUAUUUGGCGAUUUUAGAUGAUGGGGUUUCUGAACGAGAGACGAAAGGCAUUGCCAUUCCAUGUUCUAACACGCCGGGAUAUUAUUGGAUUGGUCAUGAUCUCGUCACAAGAAUUUUGCUUCCCAUACUGUGCUUACUGCAAGGAAAGAUGAGCAUGGCAGAGAUGGCUGCGAAUUGGACCGAGUUCCUCCAACACCUCCUCUUCUGGAAAGACGGCACAUACGAGAUCUGGGAUCCGUGGCCGAUGUGGUGGUUAUACGUUGUUUACUGGCCUGGCAUGUUCUGGGUUAGUAUUCUGGGAGGCGAUUUGUGGAGUAGAUGUAAUGUCAGUACGACGAAGUUGUUUCGAUGUUCGUGA